AUGCAAUCAGCUCAACUAAUUGAAGCCAUUGGAGGCCGCAUGACACUUGGGAUUGUUUCGGUCCUCUCUGCUCUUUUCUGCUUGUGUUUGUUUUGUGAAGCCUGCAAAAAGCACUUUUCAUGGACACUUUGCUGCGCUGUUUGAGCUGGGGUGGAACUUCUUGUCAUGGCUACUCUGUUGUUUGCGCAGCUUAUUUGGCUGUCCUUUCUGUUGUUGGAUUACUUCUGUCUUUCUCAUCCUAAUGGUAUUAAGGAACAUGCCUCAAGUCGUUACCCUAUGGUGCUGGAUCACAAUAUCAAUCAGGAUCAAAACUCUGUUGUUCCAAACCACAGCUCUGAAGAUGAUCAACAACAGAUAGUAGUUCACCCAGUCAACAACGAAUCGCAUGAGAGUCCACCUCAGCCAAGCGAGCAGCAUCCGUUUAACCUUCUACUACAGGAGCAAACCAAAGGCAUAACUGUCGACGGCAUCAGUUUUACAGGAGUUGGUGAUCUCAAGCAGUUUAUAGAGACCUUGAAAAACUCCUACUUGACUCCCGGUAAGGAGGUGGUACAUUUCCAAACGGCGAGUGAGGUGAUGCGAAAUGAAAUAGCUCGAGCAAAGAAAGAAAAUCCCAAUGAUGAAGACGACAAAGUCCAGAGUGAAGAGUCGAACUCGGUGUAUGGACAAAGUGAAAAGGAAGUCGGCUAUCCUGCCUCGAGUCCAAGCAUUUCCAUCCCUGGUCCUGACACCUCCGUUAAAAGAACCUUUCCCCGGAUGGAUGACAACUCCAAGAACCAUAAAAGAUCUGGUCCUUAUCAAAGGGGUCCUUCAAAUAUAAAAUCUGGAGUUGAUUGGUUGAAAAAUCGCCAGCUUCUUGAAAAACCCCAGUUUCUAUCUAACUCAAUUGAUGGAGUUUCGUUAAGUCCCAAAGGGAUGGAUCAAAAAAAUGAUGUCCACCGUGUAGGAAGUGAGACGGCCAAUGAAAGACCAAUCAAGAGACAUAAGAAGCCACGGUUCCAAGGCAAAGUCACACCUUACAAACAAAGUGUCACUGUCUACAUAAAUGCGCCAAGAGAUCAAAUUGUAUCAUGGGUGUACAUGCCUGAAGGACAGUCCAAGCAAAGGAUUCAAACCGCUGCAGCUAAAGACUUUAAUGAUGUUAACAUCAAUACCAGGGUCCCAAAACGCGUAGUCCUGUCAGCCCGAGGUAGCUCCCCCAGUCACGUUCUACGAGAGCCUGCUGAUAGUCUUCCCCGAUACCGUCCAGCUUCUCUCAGGGUUCAAAAACAACUUCCCUUAAAGCGAAAUCAAGAUGGUCGUGGUCAACAAUUGCAACAAAGAAACCGUCAAACCUCAAAUAGUAUUUCUCAACCAUUAAAAUCAGUCCAGAAUAGAGGGGAGUCAAGGAAUUAUGCCAAGCCCAAAAUGAACGCCUCUUGGUUGCGUGCUACACAAACAAAAAUUCCGCAGACAAACGAGAUCUUCAAUCCAAUGGCUAGGUUCGACCAAGGACUUCCUGUUCACACAGGCCUUAGGAAGCCAAAAGCACAGGGGAAGAAAUAUGGUUUUCAGUCCAGAAGUAGCUAUGCUAGGAGCAAUGUAGCUUUCUCCAAGAGCCAGUACACGCCACACAAACGAGCGUUAAGGAGACGCCAGCGCGCCAAAAAGCUUUGGCGACAUAAACGAAGCACCGCUGUUAGCCACAAAUCACGUGAAGCUACAGAAUAGCCAAGACUUCACCUGAGGAAUAUGCCUUCUCGUACUUCCGGAAAAUGGCCUAAUAAGAUGAUAAAGUACACGUUGGAGAAACCGCAACAUGGCACCGGACUAGACUUUUGACUGGCGCACAUCACCUUGAUUUGAUCGGAGUCCAGAAAUUCCGUGUCAUCAUCCAAAUCCAGAUGGGCAAGCAGUGACCGCUGCGCACUAUCGCUAAGAAACUUGUUCCUUGAAAUGACAAAAAUGAAAUAAAAUUGGUGUUAUCAACAAACCAAAUGAUUAUAUAACUAAUGUUAGCACUAAUUGAAUGUCACUCUACCCCUCACCCCUUUACUUAUUUACGUACAUAAGUAAGUUAAAAUAUGGCUAUACAACAUUUAUCAAUACAUUGGUCAGGAAAUAAUUUUAC